AUGGCAGCAUUGGAUGACAAUUAUAAUCAUUGGGAUUUAGAAAGCGAUGACUAUCGUAUGCCAGGUUAGGUUAUUAAAAAUUACAAUUCACAUCACAAUGAGCCACAACCAGUAUCUAAUUAUAUUUAUACUAUGCUAAAAAACCAGACUGUUCAGUUGAAAAUUAGAGUAGAUCCUCUGACACUGAAAACUAUUACACUCAUGCUCCACUUGUAACAAAUAACCAUUUAUUCUAUUAUUCAGUUUACCGAAAAACCUAAGUGCACUCCUCUAGUCAAGAAAGAAAUCAUUGAAUUUGAGGAAGAGGAGCCCAGAAAAAUGGGCACCCCUUCAAGUCAUGAAGCCAUCUCAUUACAAACACCGAAAAGCAUGAGAAGUCAACAACCCCAUAAAACUAAGGCUGCUGAAAAAAUUAGAGCACGACUAUCGAAGCCUUAAAUACUUACUAAGAACUAAAUUCGUCAAAAGCAGUUGUAACAAUUUAUAGAUGGAUGGGGUUUUUCUUUAUUGAUGGCCCUUGUUACAAUAUAUGCAUUAUUUGGAGAUGAUAUAAGAAUCUUAUCUGUUAACAAGGAUGGAGAUGACAUUUUCUUUAUUUUGACAUCAAUUUGCAUUGCGUGUUUCACUAUAGAAAUUGUAUUAACUUGCAUAGUCAAUCCAGCCUAUCUAUUUAAUGUAUUUAGAUUUUUAUCACAAUAGUUUUACUUUUGGCUUGAUUUGAUAUCUACUGCCACAAUGAUAUUAGACAUCGGUUGGAUUACAGAUCAUUGGUAUGGUGAUGAGGGGGAUGUUUAAAAUGCUGCCACUCUCAAAGCCUUAGGGAAAGCGUCAAGAACAGCAAGGAAAGCGGCCAGGGUGAUAAGAAUUAUAAGAUUAGUUAGAUUGAUCAAAUUAUAUAAACAUGCGAGAUAACAAAUUGAAAAAGAAAAACAAAAAAGUAUUCUGUAAGAAUUGCUAUUGAAAGAUGAACAGAAACUCAAUUCAUCAUAGUAAUAACAUCAAUAAUAAUAGAACAAAUAAAAAUAAAAUUAUUUAAUUAGAAUUUCUAUAUUAUAGUAAAAUAAAAAGAAACCUAAGACAGGAGAUCUGAAUUCAUAACUCCCUUAUAUCAAUAAAAGUAAACAUUCCAGAUCUUAAUCAGAACAUGAUCAAAAUAGUAGUAAUAAUGAGCAAUUGAAAUAAUCUACUCAUUCAUAAAGUGAUUAAAUCAAAGAAUCUCAUGUAGGAUCUCAAUUGUAAGAUUUGGUGAUGAGAAGAGCCAUUACUAUUAUUAUUUCUAUAUUAAUAAGCAUUCCAAUUCUUACUUUGGAUACAUAUUCUGAAAUUAUUAAUAGCUAUGACUCUGGAAUAUUUAGAAUUAGUUAAUUUAGAAAGAAUUUACCAAUUACAAAUAUGCUUAUCUAACAAUAUGUCUAAUUCCAUAAUCCCGAAAUCUACCCUAUUCAAUCUGUUUUAGUACUCCAAGACGAUUUGAAUCAAGUAUAUACUGAGUAUAAUUACACUACUAAUCCUGAUUGGUUUUAAUCAACUGAAAUGGUCAAAAGUCAAUAUCGAUUUUCAGAUCAAUAAUACUUUGUAACAACUGAUGACGACAAUUAAUUGAUCACAUACUCUGUCUCAGAUUUAGUAGAUUAUAAUAAAAUUAAUGCUAUAUUAUCUAUUUUUUAAACUGUAUUUGUUUGUAUAGUGUUGGCUUUGAGUGCUAUUUUGUUUAAUAAAGAUGUCACAGAGUUAAUAAUUGAACCUAUUGAAACAAUGAUACAAAAGAUAGAAUUGAUAGCUAACAAUCCACUUGAGGCUGUUAAUAUUGAAGAAUAGGAAGAUCUUAUUACAUAGGAGUUAGAAAAAAACAAAGACAUUUAAAAAAUUAGACAAAGGCAAAUUGAGUAAACUACAGAAACAUAUUUGUUGCAAGAACUAAUAAUGAAAAUAGGAGCACUAUUGGCUGUUGGUUUUGGUGAAGCAGGUUCAGAAAUUAUAGCAGAAAAUAUUAAAAAGGGUGGAAGUGUAGAUCCUAUGAUACCUGGAAAAAGAGUGCUUGCAAUUUUUGGCUUUUGUGAUAUUCGUAAUUUUACUGAUGCCACUGAAGUAUUACAAGAGGAUGUUAUGGUUUUUGUUAAUGAAAUUGCAGAAAUUGUACAUUUUACAGUUGACAGCUAUGGUGGUUCUGUUAAUAAAAAUAUUGGUGACGCUUUUCUCUUAGUGUGGAAGUAUCCUGAUAUGAAAUAUCAUGUAGACCCAUAAACAAAUAAGUUAAUAUUGCAUAGUGAUCAUAAUGUUAAACAAAGAGGUGAUAUGGCAGUUUUAUCAUUUUUGAAAAUUAUAAUCUCUGUAUCUCUAUCAAAAAAAUUAGAUAAAUACAAAAGGCAUGAAGGACUAAAUUCCAGAAUUAAAGACUAUUGUGUUCGAAUGGGUUUUGGUUUGCAUUUGGGCUGGGGUAUUGAAGGUGCCAUAGGAUCAUCCUUUAAAAUUGAUGCUUCAUAUUUAAGUCCAAAUGUGAAUAUGGCAUCAAGAUUAGAAGCUGCAACUAAAUAAUUUGGCACAUAUAUUCUUAUUAGUGGAGUCUUAAAGAGAAAUUUAACAUAAGCUUGCUAAAAUCAUAUAAGAUUAAUUGAUGUUGUAACGGUCAAGGGUAGCAUUGAGCCGGUGGAAUUAUACACAGUGGAUUUGUCAAUAAAAAAUCUAUUAAAUAAAUUUAAGGAGCCAAGAGAUAUUUUUGAUAUUAGUAGGAUGAAACCAAGAGAAUAAAAAUAAUUCAGAGUUGUUAAUAGAUAUAAGAGAAAUCUCUUAAUUAAGAGUGUUGAGGAUGAUAAAAUUCAACUUGCAACACUUUUUGAAAAAGAUGAAGAUCUGAUUGCAGCUAGAGAACUAUAUACUUAAGUAUAAAAAUCAUUUUGAAUAGGAAUUCUAUGAUACAUGGAUUUCAGGUUUUAAUUCUUAUAUCAGGGGAGAAUGGGAUGAGGCUUAAAAGAUUUUCAUGAAAACAUUAGUAAAAUUAACGAAAUAAUUAAGACUAUGAUACCUGAACACAAAGAUGGUCCAUCAAACACAUUAUUGGAAGUUAUAAAUUCUGCUGGAGGUAGAGCACCUUAUGAUUGGAAGGGCUUUAGAGAACUCACAGAAAAGUGA